AUGAACUUCUCGUAUUCUAAAAAGAAUAUGAUAAAUUGCUAUGAAGGCUGUGCAAUUGGGAAUUUUUUUGACAAAAAAAGAGGUUUAGUAUUUUUUAACAAAAAUAUUCUUAGAUGCUACACUUUAAACGAGGAAAAUAAACCGGUGUUUUUAUCUGAACAUUUUCUUCUAGAAAACAUUUUACAAUUAGAGACAUACACAAUUGAUUCAGUAACAGAUGGAUUAAUUAUUUUAUUUGAGUCUGCUAAAAUGUGCUCAGUUUUUUUUGUCUAUAAUGCUCCUGUAAUAAAUAGCCUUAAAUUUUUUGAUCAAGACUCUUACGAUAUUUUAAAUCAAGAUGAAAAAUUUUUAAGAGUUGGCAAAGAAAUUGGUUUUGUAAAAAUCAGCAAAAGAUUUUUUUCAAUUUUUUCUCUAAGUGAUAAUAAUUUUCUAGCAAAGGUUUUUAAAUUUACAGAUAUUAAUGAAAAAAUUUUUAAUGUAGUCGAUCUGGUAUUUUUAUCAAAUUACGUUGUACCAACGUUUUGUGUUAUAUUUAAUGCGACACCUAGAAGUUAUAUUAAUUUAAAUGUUAUGCAAGCAUUAAUAUGUUCUUAUGACAUAAAAUUAAAUAGUUUUUAUGUAUUAGAUGAUUUUGAAAUACCAAGAUAUACAAAAAAAGUUGUUUAUUCCGAUGAUACACUUUUAUUUCUGUCUAGUAAUGAAAUUUUUAUUAAGAAUAAGCAUAAUGAUUUAAUAUUGGCUCUAAACAAAAUGUCCACAUAUCCUCAUAGAGAGCAUUUAGAAAACAUUAUUAUUAUUGAUCCUAAAGUUUUUUUUGAAAAUGAUAGACUUCUUAUUUUUAACGGCGAUGGUACAAUCUUUAAUUUUUAUAUAAUAAAAGAUAGUGGAAGAAUUAUUGAUAUUAUUCUUGAAGAUAGAGAAAAACUUACAAUACCAAAAUUUUUAUAUUUUAAAGACAAUUUAUUAUUUUUAGGAUCAAAUGAAGACUCUUUUUUAUUUCUGUUAUGUCAUUCUACUAUAAGACUUGAUAAAGCCGAUGAAGAAGGCAAUUUUUCUAAACUUACUAGUAUAAUAAGUAAAGAAUACAAGUAUUUGUACGGUGAAACAAUUGAUUUUUGUGAGCAAAAAAAGUUCUGUCUAGAAAUGUUAUAUAAACUUUCAGGCAUUGGAUAUAUAAAUGAUUUUUGUGUUAAAUCUAAUAAUCAAUAUAUUGCAUGUUCAGAAGGCGUGUCUAAUUGUAUUUUAGAGUUUUCAAACUUUUUAAAUUACGAUGUGAGAAAAGUAGUCGAUUGUGUAAAUUUUGAAAAAAUUUUGUGCAUAGAUGGUAAUUUUUACAUAAAAGAUAAUAAUAAAAAUAUUAUUAUUAUAAAAAGUAAAGCAAAAAGAUUGAUACUUAAUGAAAGUAAUGAUUUAAAAGACGAUAAAGAUUUUGAAAUUACGAAUCUUUCUGAUGAUUCUGAUGGAUUUUUAAACGAGCUUUCAUUUGCAUUACUUUGUUUUGAAAAUAAUAAUUCAAUUUUUUUAGUGCAAAAGAAUAAGAUUUUAACAUUUGAAAACAAUAUUUGUACGAAAACAGAAAAUUUUAUAAGUGAUAUUGUUAAAGUUAAGAUUUACACUUACAAUGGAUUUGUGCUUUUAGGUUUUUUAGAUAAAGAAAACAAUUUUUUUUUAAGAAAUCUUCAUUCAACGUUUGAACAGAUAUUUGAAAAUGCUUCAUCAUUUUGCUUUUACGAAAAUUUAUGCGUCCUAAGUGUUGAAAAUAAUUUAAUUUUUUAUAAUUUUGAAACGCAACAAAAUCAAUGGAUAAUCAAUGAUAUCACAAAUUUAAAUUUACAGUAUCAUAUGGACACAUUAGAUUAUACAAAAAAAAGGUCAAUCUUUUACAAAAUUAUAGAAAUUGAAAUAUUUAAAUUACAAAAUGUAUAUUGGUUGUUUUUAAUUAAUGAGCUGGGCCAUUUUGCGAUUUAUAAAAUAAACAAAAAUAUUUUAAUUAAGAUGCUAGUAGAUGAAAACAUCAUUUUUGAUUGUCAAACCAAUAUAAAGUUUUUCAUCAAAAUUCGAAAUUAUAUUUAUUUAAACUCCAGAUCACCUUAUUUUACAUUUAUAAAUGAUAGACUUGAAAUUUAUUUUUAUCGUUCUUUGCACAACAUUAGAGAUUGUUCUUUUGUUGAUGAUAGUUGUUAUAUUUUAACUGAUAAUAUUUUUGGUAAAAUUUCAAUUCCUGAAAUAAAGAAAAAUAUUUGUAAAGUGAACACAAAUCUGUUGAAAAAUUUAACCUUAUCUGAUGAUGUGAUUUAUGAUAAGUAUAUUUUUAAAAGAAUGAAUAUUUAUAAAUCACCUAAAAGUAUAGAAAUUUCAGGAAAGUACAUUUUAGUUGUUUCUAGUAUUAAAACAAAAUUUAAAGAUAAUUCUGAAGAUGAAAAUCAGUUAGAGGUUUUUACGCAAAAAUAUUCAAUCGAUUUGUAUACGAGUGCUUAUAAAUUUAUUUCUACUUUUGAUCUUGAAUCCGAUGAAUAUGUUUUGGAUAUAAAAGAGCUAUCAUUGAAUGACAGCAUUGGAAUUAAUGGCAAAAAUAAUUUUAUUGUUAUUUGUGUAACUAAAGUCGAAGGAGAGGAUAAACAUUCGAGAGGAAGAAUAAUAGUUUUCGAACUUAUAGACAUAAUUGUAGAUAAAGCUAAUGUUCAUAAAGAUAAAAAAUUAAAGGUUUUGGCUUCAGAAAAUAUUAAAGGAUGCAUUACAAAAUGUGAUGAAAUCAAAGGCAAUCUUAUAGUUGCACUUGGAAUUAAAACAAUGAUUUAUAAAAUUGAUAGAAGUGAAGGACUGAUUCCUAUUGGAAUACAUGAUUUAUAUACACUUACCACUUCUAUGAUUACAAUCAAAAAUUUUGUUCUUUUUUCUGAUAUUUAUAGAGGGUUAUCAUUUUUUUACUAUCAAAAUAAACCUGUACGUUUUAAUUUGGUUUGUACUAGUGAAUCUAUAAAAAAUGCAGUUCAUGUAGAUUUUAUAGUAAAAGAACCGGCACUUGGAAUUAUUUGUACCGAUUUUGCUGGUAAUAUUCAUACAUAUACAUAUUCACCAGUAAAUAUUCUUAGUUGUAACGGUACUAAAUUUGUUAAAAGAUGUGAAACAAAUUUUAAUUUAGGAAAAUUGGUGAUAAAACGGGCACAUUCUAAAUUAUUAAACCCCGUUUUUAUUUCAGAUAGUAACUACAUAAUUGAACUGGAUUCUUUAAGCUUAGAUAAUUACAAUAAUUUUUUAAAAGUUCAAAAUGCUUAUCUUUCAUUGAUUGAAGAUACAUUUGGGUUAUGUCCAGAAAAUUUUAAUAAUUGUGAAUAUCACUUAAAACCACCGUCUGUCAAAAAACCCAUUCUAAAAGAAUUGUUAUUUAGAUUUUUGCAUCUGCCUGUCGAUAAAAAAGCCAACUUUUUGAAAGAAGAAGAUUUAAUUUUUAAAAGCAUUACAUCUUGA